AUGGCUGCCAAAAUGUCAGUUCCCAGUACCCUUCAAUUCAGCGACGCCACAUCAACUGACCAAAUCAGCUUCGUGUUCGGCAGCAUUAACGGUCAACUCCAACCAGCCUUCAGCAAACUAGCUACACUCCAUGCGAAAAACGCCUUCAGUUUUGCCAUCGUGACGGGCAACCUGUUCAGUAGCGAACAGGAUGAUGAGCAGCUCACACAGAUCUUGGAUGGGCAGAUUCAAAUCCCUUGCCCAACGUACUUCACAGUUGGCACUGUUCCUCUUCCCCCACGUGUGGUCGAGAGAAUCGAGAAAGACGAGGAAAUUGCCCCUAAUCUUCAUUACCUCGGGAAGCGCUCAACCACAAAGACAUCUGAAGGUGUCCGGAUAGUCACACUCGGAGGCUUACUUGACUCGAACAUUAUUGCUGGUCUGUCUAAGGAACAGAUCUCACCGUUUCACACCGAAGGCGAUGCAAAGAGUCUCCGAGGAGCUAACAGUGCAGACAUUCUCCUAACAACAACUUGGCCAUCCGAUGUCUGGAAGAAUAGCUCAAAGGCUAAGGAGAUGAGCAUCAACAGCACCACAGCCCCUUCCAACCCAGCGGUUGCGGAACUCUGCGCCGCCCUCAAGCCCAAGUAUCACCUGUCCAUGUCACCAGAUGACUUUUGCUUCGAGAGAGAGCCUUUCUUUCCUGAGAAGGCAGAGGAGGAACAGGACAAGGGUAUUCAACUCACACGCUUUAUCUCGUUGGCACCGUGGGGAAAUACUGCCAAGGCCAAGUCGAUGUACGCCUUUACCCUCAACAGAGAUGCCAUUAUCACACCACCCGCCGGGAGCACAAUGACCCCCUUCUACAAGCCUGCCACCACGAAGCGGUCUGCUGAAGAUGCCGGAUUCUCGAGAUUCUCACAUGCAGACUCGCGACAUGAGCGCAAGAGUCACCGUCGCCACCGCGAGCGUUCUCCGCCACCCGGACCGGAGAAAUGCUUUUUUUGCCUGUGCAAUCCAAAUCUCUCAACACACAUGGUUGGGUGUAUCGGCGAGGCUGCCUAUCUUGCUACUGCCAAGGGCCCUCUCACGACCAGCGAAACUUACAAGGAGCACGGUUUGAACUUUCCUGGUCACUUCGUCAUCACGCCCGUUGACCACGUAGCGACGCUUAGCAAGACCGAGCUAGGGGACGAGCAGGCCAAGACCACGUUUCAGGAGAUGAAGCGGUUCCGGGAGUCACUUCAGAAUAUGGUAUCAACACUUUCGAAGCACAAGCUCGGGGCUGUGACAUGGGAAAUCAGCCGAUCAAGGAAUAUUCACGCUCACUGGCAGUUUUUGCCUGUGCCGAUUGAGCUUGUCAGCAAGGGUCUGGUGGAGGCUGGGUUCCGCGUGUUGGCCGAGGAUAUGAAGCUGGGGAAGUUUGUGGUGAAGGAUUUUGAGACCACGGAUGAGGUGGAAGGGGAUUAUUUCCGGGUUUGGAUCUGGGGGGAAGAAGAUGAUGAGGUCGAGGGCGGGAAGGUUAUUGGCAAGAGUUUGUUGAUGCAAUUUGGAGAUGAGAUCAGGUUUGAUCUGCAGUAUCCGCGCAAGGUUAUGGUGAAGUUGCUGAAACUGGAGAAUCGGACUUUCUGGCAGGAUGUGGUGCAGACUGAGGAGGAGGAGACGGCGGACGUUGCUGCGUUUAGGGAGGCGUUCAAGGAGUGGAACUUUACUUAG